AUGAAAAAUCUCGGUCAAAAUAAAACUAAAGCGAUAAACAAUCUCGAUUGUUUAUCAACAUCAAAUAUAUUCAAAUAUCAAAAUGAUUAUAUUAAUAAAUCAUCAAAAUAUAAAUAUCAUUUAACAAAUAAAAAUUCUUCUAAUUCAUCGAAUGUUUCCAUUAAAUUAAUAGACUGUCAAAUUGCUGCACAUCGACAUAAUCGAAUUCGUUCUCAUUAUCAAACAAAAACAUAUCGACAUCAAAAAACAAACCAAUCUAUUUGUUAUCGUCAUUUUCCUUUUUCAUGUAAUCCUCAAGUCAACUAUAACAAUAUUCAAAAACGAUAUCAUAUAAAUUCAAUCAAUCCUCAAUCUAUUACUCAAUUAAAAUCUCGAAAAGAUAAUGAAACAAAUAUAUCUAUUACUAUUCAAAAAAUAUCUAAGAAAAAUAUUCAUUUAAAUAAAAAACUACAUGAUUCAUUCAUUUCUUUUGGUACUAAUACAAUUAAUCAAUCAAAUAAAUCUAUACUAAAUUUGAAAGAAAAAGAUUCACAAACUUGUUUAUAUCGACGUAUCUCAAACGAUGAAUUAGAUUUUCGAAAUGAACAAAAACGAAUUACGAAUUCAUUUAUAUCCAUUGAAAAUCAUAAUAAAUCAAGUCUUUAUAAGAAUUUCAAACAAUCCUCAAACACAAUUUUAAUACCUAUUCAUACAUUAAAACAAGAAAAUGAAUAUAGUAGUAAUAUUAAAUUGAAAAUUUCGUUCUUAAAUGAACUUACAAAUUGUAUAAUAUAUCAAAGUCCAUUAGAAGUAACAAUAGUAUUCAAUAUCAUACCAGCGUGUAUUAUAAUAUUAAUUAACUAUAUGAUAAGAAUGUCCUUUAUACAAAUACCAAGUCUACCAUUAAUAAUUCUAGAAUUAGAUAAUGUAAAUCUCUGGAGAAAUAAAACAUCAUUGAAUAUAAGAUGUAUUGAUAAUGGCAAAGAUCAACAAAAAGCUGUUUUUGAUCAUGAUCAAUCAAGAAUUUCAGAUGAUUUUACUAAUUUUUUAAAUAAAAAAUAUUCAAGUAAAGAUGACGAACAUCACAUUAUCAUGAGACAAAAACGUGAUAAUAUGAAAGAUCUAGAUGAAAAUUCUGGUAGUAUACAUAAAUAUGAAAAAGUUGAUUCAUUGAGUAACCAAGCAUUUGAAACAUUAUCAUCAACAAAUCAAGCAAUACUUGAAGGAACUAUACUUCCAUCCAAUCUACCAAUUGAUCAAUCGUUUAAAAUGACAUCAACUAUUGAUGGAAUAGACAAACAAGAAUCUAUUAUUAACUCGAAACUCAACAAAAUAUGUUUAUCAUCGGAUCAUAUUUAUCAUCGAUUUAUAUCUGAAAAUCGAUCUGAUGAUAACAUAUCUUCAUCACUAUCGAUGGAACGACCUCAUUUAUUAAAAUCUAACGAAAAUUUCAAAACUGUUGUUGAUCAUUCCAUCAAUAAUCUUCAUCCUACGAUAACUACGGAUAUCAUUCAUUCACCUAUUUCAACUGAAUAUAUUGAUGAAGUUCGAUCAACAUCUAUAAUUAAUCCAUAUUCAUCAAUAGAAAAAACAAAAGUAACAUGUUUUAAUGAAAAAUUACAAACUCUCAAUGAACCAUCUAAUACAAAUCUAGGAAAUAUUCAUUUGCAUGAUAUGCUUGAACAAAUUAUUAAUCAAAGAUCCGAUUCACUACUUACAACUGUUGGAAUUCUAAAGUAUUCGUCGACAUCCCUUCAAACAAUGACUACUUCUCUACAUGAUAAAGAAUACGAACAAGAAUUAGACGAAGGUAAAGCAAAUCUUGAUGAUCUAAAUCAAUUCCGAGUGAGUGAUGAUGCAUUUCAAGUCAAAGGAAUUGAUCAAAAUGAAGCAAUUGUUUUGAAACGUACUAUAUCAUUUGAAUCAAAAAUACUUCUUUCAGAAACAAAUGUAUUAGACUGGAAAAAUUUACCAUUAAUGUCAACAUCUCUUUCUAAACGAAAAAUCCCAUACGAUAAUGAGGAUUUACACUUAUUGUAUCGUUCAUCUGAAUCAAAAGCUAUUCAAGUAGAUAAUACAAUUCAACAAUUCGAUCAACAAGAACAAUCAACUGAUAAAUUUAAUAUAUUACCUCUCAUGAAAAUAUCUGGAACACCAAUCGACCAUACAAAUGAAGAUAAAGAUUCACGUUACCUAAAAAAAGAGAAAAGAUAUAAUAUUUUGAAUCAAAUAUCAAAUUUUCAAUCUGAAAUACACAAUACACAUGUUAAUAAAUCUAUAAUCGAUUCACCAUCUUCAAUACUAGCAAAUACUAAAGAUUACAAACAAAAGAAUAAAUUAUCCAUAGUUUCAGCUAAAGGCGUUCGCCGAAAAAAGCGUAUUCGUAAAAAACAAAUCUGCAUACAACCAUCAUGGAUUUCUCCUAAUGAAAAUCCAUCAACAUAUAAUUAUCUUUUUAAUAAAUCGACCAAACAAACUUCACUUUCUCUUAAACCACUAAGAGAUCCCUGUGAAGUUUUAGAAUUCAAUACACAAUUUGAACAUAUUCAUUGUAAACCCUAUCAAUGUAUUUGUACUCCUCUUCCUUCAUGUUUAGAUAUAUCAUCAUGUUCAUUUAUCGAAAAUGCUCAUAUGUGUAAUGUAUACUUAAUGUAA